UUUUCAGCUUCAUCGUUAAGAGAAAGUGAGAGAAAGCAGCGGGAGAACAGUGCCUCACACUAAGCUGCUUCACAAACACUGAAGAAUGAUUUUCCAUCAGCGGUGAUUCCAGGUGUUCAGAUUUUACAUGAAUUAUUGAAGGUGGUAACUAUGAUGACUAAGAAGAGGCUCAGUGAAAGACUGAACCGGUUGAGUCCAGAGGACUUUGCUGAGUUCAAGUCACACAUUGCAGCAGAGAAAGAUCUCCAACUGAUGUCACAGAGCCGACUGAAAACGGCAAACACACAGGAUGUAGUGGAGCUGAUGGAGGAGACGUACAGGGGAGAGAGUGUGGAGGAGACCAGAAAGGCUUUGAAGAUGAACAGGACUGAUCUGGUGCAGAGAUUAUCAGACAAACAGUUUCCUCCACUGAGCCAGAGAGUAGAAAUGAUGGAGUCUCUUAUUGAGCUGCUUUUGGAGACACUGGCUGAUCUGAGUGACAGCGAGGUCAAAGACUUCAUCAAGAUCCUGAGAAGAAAACGUGGCUCACUGAUCCCAACGAGUCUGUCUGAGAUGUCAGACCUGCAGGACGUGGUGUUUGUGAUGGUGAGGCCUUUUGGCGAACAGUCAGUGAAGAAGAUCGUGGAGGUCUUAAAGGAGAUGAAGAGGACUGAUCUGGCUCAGAGGCUGACAGACAGCAGCUCAGAAGCUCAAAACAAACAUCUGGAUGAACAUCUGUCUGCACUGAUCCAUAAAGUUGCAACAAUGGCAGCUGUUACAGAUCUGCUUCUAGAAACACUGGAGGAUUUGAGUGAUCAGGAUCUCAAGGAGUUCAAGUUGUUCCUGCAGUUCAAUCGGUUUCAGAAGAGUCUUCCACAAAUCGAACUGAGUGAUGACAGAAGAAGAAUAGUGAAUGAUAUGGUUGAUAAACUUGGUCAUCAGUCUGUGGAGGUGAUCAGGGAGGUUUUAACAGACAUGCAGAGAACUGAUCUGGUGCAGAGGCUGUCAGAGAGCAGCUCAGGACUCAAAGCUGCAGGAUCAUCAGCUGAAGGAUUUGAUGUGGAGGAAACAGAGAAAGAGAAACACUCUGAGGAUGAACGUUGGCCUGCACUGAUCCACAAAGUAGAAACGAUGGAGUCUGUUAUUGAGCUGCUGCUGGAAACUCUGGAUGGUCUCAAUGAGCAGGAGCUCAGUGAGCUCAACUGGACCCUGCAACAAAUUCAUCUUCACAAAAAUUACUCAGUCUUCUCAUUGAUGCCGUACAAGUGGACAAACCUGCAGGACACAGUGUUUCUGAUGGUGCAGACUUACGGCCAACAGUCAGUGGAGAUGACCAUGAAGGUCUUAAAGGAGAUGAAGAGGACUGAUCUGGCUCAGAGGCUGUCAGACUGUAGCUCACUGCCUCGAAAGAAACACUCUGUGGAUGAACGACGCUCUGCACUGAUCCACAAAAUGGCAACAAUGGCAGCUGUUAAACAUCUGCUUUUACAAACUUUGAAUUAUUUGAACAAUGAGGAGCUUAAGAAAUUUAAGAGGCUCUUACAGAUAUUUUUUCCUUUGGGGACUCUGUCAUAUAUCUCAUGGAGGUUGAGUCCAUCAUCAACCAGAGCAGCUGUAGUGAAUCUGAUGAUGGAUGAACUUGGUCAGCAGUCUGUGGAGGUGACCAGAGACUUCUUCAUGCGCAUGAACAGAACUGAUCUGGUGCAGAAGUUAUCAGAGAGCAGCUCAGCAUCCAGAGAGAAACACUCUGUGGAUGAACAUGGAGCUGCACUGUUGAAGAGAGAAGAAGCACUGACAGCUGUUAGAAACAUUCUUGUGGAAAUCCUGAGACAUUUGAAUCAAAAGGAUCUCGAGGAAUUCAAUUUGUUGCUGCAGUUCACGCGCUUCAAAAUGGGCCUGCCACAAAUAAAGACGUAUACAAACAUGAGAGAUGAACUAGUGAAUCAGAUGGUGGAUGAACUUGGUCAUCAGUCUGUGGAGGUGAUCAGGGAGGUUUUAACAGACAUGCAGAGAACUGAUCUGGUGCAGAGGCUGUCAGAGAGCAGCUCAGGACUCAAAGACAAACAGUUUCCUCCACUGAGCCAGAGAGUGAGUAACGUCACAUCAGUCGACUUCACACAGUUCAGCUUUGAUUCAGUAGAAACGAUGGAGUCUCUUAUUGAGCUGCUUUUGGAGACACUGGCUGAUCUGAGUGACAGCGAGCUCGAGAACUUCAUGGAGAUCCUGGAAAGAGAAGGUGGCUCACUGAGCCCCACGAGUCUGUCAGACGUGCAGGACGUGCAGGACGUGGUGUUUUUGAUGGUGAGGACUUUUGGCCAACAGUCAGUGAAGAAGAUCGUGGAGGUUUUAAAGGAGAUGGAGAGGACUGAUCUGGCUCAGAGGCUGACAGACAGCAGCUCAGAAGCUCAAAACAAACAUCUGGAUGAACAUCUGUCUGCACUGAUCCAUAAAGUUGCAACAAUGGCAGCUGUUACAGAUCUGCUUCUAGAAACACUGGAGGAUUUGAGUGAUCAGGAUCUCAAGGAGUUCAUGUUGUUCCUGCAGUUCACUCGUUUUCAGAAGAGUCUUCCACAAAUCGAACUGAGUGAUGACAGAAGAGAAAUAGUGAAUUAUAUGAUUCAUAAACUUGGUCAUCAGUCUGUGGAGGUGAUCAGGGAGGUUUUAUCAGACAUGCAGAGAACUGAUCUGGUGCAGAGGCUGUCAGAGAGCAGCUCAGGACUCAAAGCUGCAGGAUCAUCAGCUGAAGGAUUUGAUGUGGAGGAAACAGAGAAAGAGAAACACUCUGAGGAUGAACGUUGGCCUGCACUGAUCCACAAAGUAGAAACGAUGGAGUCUGUUAUUGAGCUGCUGCUGGAAACUCUGGAUGCUCUGAAUAAGCUGGAGCUCAGAAAGUUCAUCUGGAAACUGCCACAGUGUUUCUGA